AUGUCGCGGAGCGCCGCGUCGUCGCCCUCCGGGGCCGCCGCCGCCGCCCCCCUCCCGCCGCCUCCGCUGCCGCUGCAGCCGCCCUUCGGUCCGGACGCGGGUCCCGGAGGCGGACGAGCCGAGCUGAAGCCGGUGCGGCGCUUCAUCCCUGACUCGUGGAAGAACUUCUUCAAGGGGAAGCGCGGCCGCGGCUCGGGCUGGGACGGAGCGACGUCCGACGUGGGGUUCGUGUCGGACGGGACACCAUGCUCGCCGCCCGCCUCUCCCGGCCAGCCGCGGGUGCGGCCCGGCCGCUCCGCAGAGCGGUGCGAGGGGUCGGGCGGCAGCUGCCGCUCGCUGGAGGCCGAGGCCAUGCUGCGCGGGGACUCGUCGGGCGCGCCCACCGGCAUGACGUACGAGGAGCAGGUGGAGGCCUACCGGCAGCGCUACGCCUACAUGAAGUCCUGGGCCGGGCUGCUGCGGCUGCUCGGCGUGGCCGAGCUGCUGCUGGGCGCCGCCGUCUUCGCCUGCGUGACCGCCUACGUACACAAGGACAACGAGUGGUACAACGCCUUCGGCUACUCGCAGCCCUACGGCUACGACGCUUCCUACGGCGGCUAUUACUACAGCGGGCCCAAAACGCCCUUCGUGCUGGUGGUGGCCGGCGUGGCGUGGAUCGUCACCAUCGUGCUGCUGGUGCUCGGCAUGUCCAUGUACUACCGCACCAUCCUCCUCGACUCCAGCUGGUGGCCGCUGACCGAGUUUGGCAUUAAUGUGGCCAUGUUCCUUCUGUACAUGUCUGCCGGCAUCGUGUACGUCAACGACGUCAACCGAGGGGGACUCUGCUAUUACCAGCUGUUCAAGACGCCGAUGAAUGCCUCUUUCUGCCGUGUGGAAGGAGGUCAGACGGCAGCCAUCAUCUUCCUGUUUGUCACGGUGGUCAUCUACCUGAUUAGCGCCUUGGUUUCUCUGAAGCUGUGGAGGCACGAAGCAGCCAGGAGGCAGAAGGAGCAGAUGGAACGAGAGAUGAAAACACAGGUGUCUUUACCAGACAGAAAGUGUGCUGACAGUGACGACGCACCGAAAGAAGAGGUCACUUACAGGCAGCUUAAGUCAGUGGAAAGGAAACCAGAACUACUUAAUGGUCAUAUCCCUGCAGGCCACAUUCCUAAACCUAUAGUGAUGCCAGACUACUUAGCGAAGUACCCAGCAAUUCAAACAAAUGAAAUGCGAGACCGGUAUAAAGCAGUGUUCAAUGAUCAGUUUGCUGAGUACAAAGAGCUGUCUGUGGAAGUCCAUGCUGUGUUAAAAAAGUUUAAUGAGCUGGAAGCGUUGAUGAGACAACUUCCUCAACAUCCUGGAAGCAUAUAUGAGCAGGAAAGGAUAUCAAAAGUUCUGCAAGAAUAUGAGAAGAAGAAAAAUGAUCCCGCAUUUCUGGAGAAAAAGGAACGUUGUGAAUACCUAAAGAAUAAGCUUUCUCACAUAAAACAGCGAAUUCAGGACUAUGAUAAAGUUAUGAACUGGAAAGUGCAAAUUUAGCAAUGCCUUGAGCUUGCCUACAAUAUUUUUCUAGUUUUUAAAUCAAUAAGUGUAUUGUAAAAUAUUUAUUUACUCUCAGAUCUGUGUACUUUCAGUGGGGAUAACAGCUACCUGACCACUUCAUCACUUCACUGUGUGUUGUAUGUUACUGAUAGGUUUUAUGUGCAGGUUCAGUUACAAAUCUGUGUAAUGAGGUUGUCAGAUAUGUUUAGAAUACCAGUGUUAACAUUCUGCUUUUUUUAAUUAAGCAUGGUUUAUUUGGCAAGUUGGGGAGUGCACUAGAGAAGGCAGUUCUAAAUACUGCGUCAAAAGUGUGUGUGCAAAUUCUGUAUCAAGGAUGCAGACGAUGUCAGAAUGAUAUCAGAAGGAGUUGCAUUGUUCUCUGUGGCUGGGUUUGGUAAUUUGAUCACACUGAGGAGUUUCAGCAGGUAGGAAAUGAAGUGUACAAGGUGGCUGUAUUUUCAAAUACACUGUUGUAUGUUAGAAAUUACUGGGAGUAAGUUCCUAUGUAAGCAGUGAUCGUAUGCUGUUUUUUGUUUUGUUUUUAUGCUCCUCUGUAGAGGUGAUGCAACUUAAAAGUGGCCUUAAAAGUGACCUUAUAAGUGACCUUAGAAGAAGAGUGGCAUUGAGUGAGAGUCAUGUUUAGUGUUCCACUAGUGUUGCUGUAGACCAAGAUGAUCUGCAUGUAUUUUGGGGACGUUUUAGUAGGCUUUGACUGGGUUAAAGAAAGAGAACUUCUCUUUGUCAGCAGGGAGCUGGACUUUCCGCUUUAGCUCAGUUUAAGAUUGUGUAAAUGUUGCUGUUUGUGAACUUCUUAUUCAGUGUAGUACAAUGAAAUUAAUUCUCAAAACAGAAAUUAUUAGCAUCUUUUAUAAGGCGAGGAGUAUUUUGUUUUCUGGAGUGUAUCUUUAUAAAUUCAAUAUAACUUUUCUUCUGUGUUGGGGUUACAGGUUUGUAUAUGCAAAUUUUCACAUAAGCCAGUGAAUUUUCUCUUUUUAUACUUUUUCACAUCUUUUUAAAAAGCUUUUUACAUAGUAAAAUUGCUGGAAGCAUUGAUAGUUUCCUUGUACAGGUUUAUAUAAUUGCAAAUGGACUAUUUUUUUGAAAUGUGUUUUAGUUUCAUUAAAAAAAUGAAACAACCUAACGAUGUUAAUCCAUUGCUUAUAUAAUCAUUUCACCGUUAAAAAAAAUUGCCCCUGUUGCUCAGUAUUGAAAACACGUUAAUACACCUAACUCUGGGAUUUAUUUCUGGUUUGAUUUUUGAGCUCUUAUCAUCAUUUAUGUUGCAAUCUUGAGGUUUUAUUCACUUUCAUACUUAAAAAAUUGACUUUACAGUUUUAUCAGCUACUUGUGUGUUUUAUACCUGCUGUAGCAUACGUAUUCUAAAGAACAGGUUUUUCUUUGUAAGCUUCUUGUCCAACUCCCUGCAGUCUAAAUUUCCUUUUGCCGUAUGCUUGGCUUUUUUUGUCAGUGGAAACUCGAGGCUUUGCUUCUGUAGCAGAAGUCUAAGCAUAAGGAACUUCUUCUUGUAACAUGUUGUAAACAGCUGAUGGCUCUGAUUCUUUUUUUUUUUUUUUUUUUUGGGGGGGGGUGAAAUCAUAGAAUUAAUGGUUUGGGCUUCAGGAGACCUCUAAAGAUCACCAAGUCCACUCCCCUGCCGUGGAUGGGAACGCAUUUCAUCACAUCAUGUUAAUAAAAGCACCAUCCAGCCUGCCCUUGAACACUCUCAGGGAUGGAGCAUCCACAACUUCUCUGGGCAACCUGCUCUAACCACCCUUCUAGUAAAUAAUUUGUUCCUCAUGUCUGGUCCAACUCUGCUGUGUUCUAGUCUAAAAGAAUUAUACCUUCCACUGUCUCUGCAGGUAUAAAGUUUUUCUUCCUCUUUUUUUUAGCCCCCUGUAUGUACUGAAACACUAUAGUAACAUCUCCUUAUAGCCUUCUCCAGGCUGAACAGCCACAGAUUGCAGCCAGUCUCCUUUACAGGAGGUGCUCAAGCACUCUGACCAUCUUCACGACCCUCCUCUGGACCUCCUUAACAGCUCUGCACCUUUCUUGUGCGGGAGCUCCCAAACCUGGGUGUGAUGUUCUAGGUGAGGUCUCAGAAGGUCAAAUAAGAGUGAGACUACAAAUUUUCUCAAUGUGCUAGAUGUAGUAACUUAUUUAAAUACAGCCAAGAAUGUACGUACGUAUGACUGACUUCCUGGGCUGCAAGCCGAGAACAUUGCUGGUUCAUAACCAAUUUUUCAUCAGCCACUGUCUUCAAGUCCUCUCUACAGGGCUGCUCUCAAACAGUUCUUCCUCACAUCUGUGCAGGUAUUGGGGAUUGCCCCGACCCAGAUGCAGCACCUACUGAACUUUGUGAGGUUCACGUGGGUGUAUUUAUUGUGUCAUUGUCCCUGCGUAUAGCAUCCUUUUCCUCUAGAGUGUCAUCUGCAAACUUAGUGGGGAUGCACUCAAUGCCACUGUCAUUCAUGAAGAUGCCUUACGGUGUUGCUCCUUGCACAGACUCAUGAAGGACAGCACUUGUUCCUGGUUUCAGUUUGGACUCUGAACUGUUGACUCUAACCCCUUGGUCACCCAACAAAUACAUAUCUCUCCAAGUUAGAGGCAAGAGUGUCUGAGGAGAGGAGCAUAUCAGGGCCUUUUGAAAGAUUCUGUGCCCCUAGUGGACCUUUCUGCCAUGAGAACAGUGGGUUGUAUUUUCAGCCUCCCUUUGAAAGUGAUCUGAGUUUCAGUUUCUGAGAAACUUGCUUCUGGACCUUCAGACAGUAUCUGUAUAACCUCUGCAGAACUAUUGUGCUUCUCUUCCUGCCGAUUUUCCAACACAGAUUUCGGAGAAAUCAAGAUUCAUGCAAUAAGAAUUAGUUGCUGUGAGCUUAAACCAAUCAAGUGUAGGAUAGAAAGGAGGAGUAAAUUUAGUGAGAACUAGUGAGAAUUGUGAGAAGUGGUCUUUUGAUGGUCUUAAAGGAAAAAAGGCAAAGUUACUAGGUGAUUAUUGCCUUGGUCUGUCUGUGCAGUCUCUUUAGUUUCACCUUUAUGAUCUACCUGGUUGCAUGUACAUCUAAAAAGUCUGCUCUGUGACCUGAGUAGCAUGAUUGCUGUGCUUAAUAAAUGGCUCUAUGCAUUUUUGCACAAAUGUCUUAUGCCUUGAGAUUAAUGAAUAAGAUGGUGUCUAAUAAAUGUAAUCAAGAGUUGGCAUAACAUAGUAUGGUUGGCUAGCUUUAACAACAACGUAGCAACUACAAGUACUGGUGCUAAUGAAAUACCUAAUGGAUUUGGUUUUGAAUUUUUAAUUUCAUAAUUCAAAAAUUACGAUGGGAUUUGAAACAUGUGAACACUCACAGUUUGCUCUUAUGUCAAGCAUUCCUGUCUGGAACUUAGGUUCUUUACCAUGACAAUAAAAGACAUCCCUGUUCUGAAA